AUCACCAUCAUCAUCAUCAUCAUCACCAUCAUCAUCAUCACCAUCAUCAUCAUCACCAUCGUCAUCAUCAUCAGAACCUCCUGACCCGUCCUGACUGAAGUGUUUGGGUCGGACCAGCAGAACCAGAGUGGUCCGGUUACAUUUGGUCCCUCUGGUGGUUUUAUAGUUUGGAUGCAGAUGUUUGUUGUUGUAAUUUAUUUCCAGCUGUGUUUUCUGUUGUAAAUGUUUGUUUGUUUGUUUGUUUGUUUGUUUGUUUUUUAAGAAAACACCAAUAAAAGAUGGAGGUGAAGAUUCUGCUGAGUCCUGUCAGUUUCAUCAGGUUUAAUUAAAAUGUUUUAUUUUGAAAGAACGCCGGAUGUUAGCUCGAGCUGCUCCUGCUCAUUGAACCGUGACCGCUCCAACACCUGAUGUUCUGACAGGGACCGAGCGGAACCAGUGACCCGUCUGGCCGUGGUACCGGGUCAGGGAGCCCCGCACAGGCAGGCUUCUCAACCGUUUUGAGUCUUGGGACCCCUCACAGGUGUGAACAUUUUCCAGGGGCUCCUCCAGGGUCCACAGACUGCCUGGAGCAGGUUUUCAUCAUCAUCAUCUUCAUCAUCAUCUUCAUCAUGUGGGGGGAGGUUUUCCUGCUGAUUCACUUCCUGGAAGCUGUAGUGGCACCUCCAUGCAGACAGGGGGACAUGUUUCCAGAGGCGGUGGUGUCCCCGGCGGUGGCGAGCAGCGGGAUCCUGCGUGUCCCUGGCGUGGCUUCUCUGUCUCAGUGCGUGGCGGCGGGCUGCGACCUGCCCGGGUUCGACCUGGCCUGGUUCUUCAGGGGCCACUGCUACAUCCUGAGCUGCCAGCAGGAGUCGGACUGUCGGCCCCGGGUCCGGCCCGGCUCAGACUCAGUUCUGGCCUUCCUUCAUAGGGCGUCGCCUCAGUCGCUGCUGCAGUCUCUGGUGGGAGGAAAACCGUACGGCGACCACUGGGGGCCCCGAGGGGACCUGGACCCACUGAAAGACUUGGCCCUGUUUGAUGGGCAGGAUCUCUUGGAUCCAGGACAGCAGGAGUACUCAGAGAGAAACCAGGAUGAGGGUCAGGCUCCAGACGGGUUCAACCAAUCAGAACCAGAGGGCGGUUCUGAGACGACCUGGAUCAGUCCAACUUCUGAGAGGUUAACGAGUCCAGUAGAUGAGAACAGAACCAGAACCUCAGCUGGACCUGUGGCUGCAGAGCAGACAACAGGACCUCAGAACAGAACCCUUUCUACAGCAGCUGCCACUGACUCCGCCCCUUCAGAUCAUGACAUCAUCACCACCACAGUGACAUCAUCUCAGCCCCUGAGGUCGUCUGUGGGAAACCCUGCAGCUGUGACCUCUGGAGAACCACUGGGUCCAUCUGCAGAGUGGACCCAGCACCAACCAGACCAGGUAAAGUUCCUUCAGAACCAAACAUCCACUGUCGCCCCCCUGCUUCAGGACGUGACCUCUGACCCCGCCCACACCUGCCCACCUGCUGCUGCUGCUGCAGGUACAGCUGUUUUCAGAGAGGUAAACAAAGACUCUUCGGCUGAUGUGGGCGUGUCAAACCAGCCUCCGGUUGCGGUCGUGGGUCCUGACAGGACGUACUUCCUGCCUGUGAGCAGCUUGUUGUUGGACGGCAGCGGCAGCAGUGACGAUCAUCAGAUCAGCAGCUUCCUGUGGGAGGAGCUUAGCGGGCCUCCAGGGCUGCAGCUGAGGGAUGCGGCUCAGGCUGUUGCCACGGUGACGGGGCUUCAGGUGGGGCGGUACCUGUUCAGGCUGACAGUCUGGGACCAGCAGGGGGCGACAGGCAGCGCUUCGCUGACCCUGAAGGUUCUGGAAGACAGGAGUCUUCCUCCGGUGGCUCACGCCAGCGGCAGCCAUGUUCUCACGCUGCCCAACAACUCUCUGGUCCUCCGAGGUUCUGUGACCCACGGAGACCAGAACCAGGUCCAGUACCAUUGGACCAGGGACAGCCAGAGUCCUGCAGCUGGGGUGGUUCUGUUCGGCUCAGAGACCCAGGCCUCCCUGUACCUGACGGAUCUGGUCCAGGGGACCUACCUGUUCCAGCUGAAGGUGACCGAUGCUCAGGCCCGCUCCAGCACAGCCACAGCCACCGUGGAGGUCCGACCAGAACCCGGGUCGGGGGAGCAGGUGGAGCUGGAGCUGCUGGUGUCGGUGUCUCAGGUCAGCGUGUCUCAGAGGGACACGAUGGUCCGGCAGCUCGCCGCCCUGAUCCACGUCCUGGACCGGGACAUCCAGGUCCGAGCCCUGCAGGACCGGACUCAACUCAGCUCGGUUCUGAGGUUCUCGGUUCUGGGCCCGUCUGGACCGGUCCCUGCCUCCAGCCUGGUGGUUCUGCUGAGGAAGCAGCUGCUCCGAGGAAAGAGCGACUUCCUGCUCUUCAGGGUUCUGAGAGUGGACGCUGUGGUGUGUCAGCUGAGCUGCUCAGGGCGGGGCCAGUGUGAUCCAAUCACCAAGCAGUGCGCCUGUGACCCGUUCUGGACGGAGAACCUGAUCCGUCGGUACCUCGGUGACGGAGAGAGUAACUGUGAUUGGAGGCUCGUGCUCGUCAUCCUCAGCAGCUUCUUGAUGAUGAUCUUCAUCCUGACGCUCAGCUGGACUUUCAUCUGCUGCAGCCGGAGGAGGAACCAGAACCAGGGCAGGAGGAGAACCCGGUACAGCAUCCUGGACGACAUGGACGAGCAGGAGCGGCUGCAGCUACGACCCAGAUUCAGUAUCAAACACCGCAGCACGGAGCACAACUCCAGCCUCAUGAUGUCAGAGUCGGACCUGGACACUGACCAGGACUCUGUCUUCAGCAGACCGGGCCGCACCAAGAACCGGACCAGAACCCAGGUGGCCCAGAAUGGAAACUCCUUUAGAUGACCAGGUGUCCUGAAGGACUGCGGGGGACGUCUGAGACUCUGAAGGACUGGACUGUAACGGGUCGGUACCGAGGACUUGAGACUUUUCAUCUGUUCUGGUUCUGGUUCUUAAUGGGAUCCCUGGGUCCAGAUGCUAAAGAUCUGCAGGUUCUGGUUCUGUUUGUUUACCCAGGAAGUGAUGUCAAGUAUAAAAAUCAGAACCAAAGGAAAGUUCUGGAAGAGCCCGUCGGGCCGGAAAACAAAAUGGAAGCAAAGGUUUUUAUUUAAAAAGUUAAUUUAAUGAGAUGAAAGAGAUUAUUUACAAACUAUCAAUUAAUCUAAACAUCAAAGAUUUAUAUUAAAACAUUUUAAAUCUAAUGGACCCGUCAGAACCACCUGUCAGAACCACCUGUCAGAACCACCCGUCAGAACCACCUGAUGAGGGUCAGGUGUAAUGUCUGUCAGCUCCACCAGGGGUCAGCAUCUGUCCCACCAGCAGCCUGCUGGGACCAGCUGGUGGAUCAGACCAGGUCCUGAUGGGACCAGGUCCUGACCCCCCUCAGUCCAGCAGGAUCCAGGUUCAGGGUUU